AUGUGCCAGAACGUCUUCUACACCUAUGCGUGCCAGCAUGUGGAGUGCGUUACCUAUGACUGCACCAAGGGUCGCAAAUCCAUAGGAUCUGGCUGCAUCCAUCGCCAGCCAUCCCAGCAUACCAGCCUCACGGAUCAGCUCUGUCAUGACUGCAGCGAGAUGGCUCGCAAAAUGAGGCAGCGUCGCCUCGAUGCCAAAGCUAUGAGACACAUUCGGGACCAGACCCACCGACGCAAUGAGAUGAUGGCACAGGCUCAGUUGCAGGGCUCCAUGAAUCAGCAGCAGUCUUCUCAGAAUCAACAAAGUCAACAGACUCAACAGGCCCAGCAGCCGCAGAGUCGUCAAGAUCAACAGUCAAUCUCACCCAAUGGGAAGACUGUUCGCCCCCUGGAGUCGAACAAGCUGGCCAACAUGGACCCCGAUUGCGACUCUGAGCUUGGCCUGCCUCCUCAUAGGCUGUAUCAGCUCCAUGUGGCAGAAGACCUGUGGCACUCGUUCACGCGCAGCAGCAUGCAGUAA